AUGCUUGCAGCCUGUAGCUCGUGGUGUCACUUUGUGAAGAUCACAAUGGGGCGCCGGCCAGCGAGAUGUUACCGGUACUGUAAAAACAAACCGUACCCCAAAUCACGGUUUUGUCGUGGUGUUCCCGACCCAAAAAUCCGUAUCUUCGACUUGGGUAAAAAGAAGGCUGCCGUGGAUGACUUUCCACUAUGCGUGCAUCUUGUAUCUGAUGAAUACGAGCAGCUCAGCUCUGAAGCUCUGGAGGCAGGUCGCAUUUGCUGCAACAAAUACUUGGUGAAGAACUGCGGCAAGGAUCAGUUCCACAUCCGUAUGAGACUGCAUCCAUUCCAUGUCAUCCGCAUCAACAAAAUGUUAUCGUGCGCUGGAGCUGAUAGGCUCCAGACCGGGAUGCGUGGUGCUUUUGGCAAGCCUCAAGGUACCGUAGCACGUGUACGCAUCGGACAGCCCAUCAUGUCCGUGCGUUCUAGCGACCGUUGGAAGGCGCAGGUCAUCGAAGCUCUGCGUCGUGCCAAGUUCAAGUUCCCUGGUCGUCAGAAGAUCUACAUCUCCAAGAAGUGGGGAUUCACCAAGUACGACCGUGACGAGUUCGAAAAGCUGCGCGAGGAUGGCCGUCUUGCUAAUGACGGAUGCAAUGUCAGGUACCGCCCUGAACAUGGACCCCUUGACGCGUGGAGGAAGUUCCAAAAUGAGAUCUACAGCGUGUAA